UUUUAUCGAUAUGUGAACCCUUACAUUGAUGUGUACGUAAAGAUGUGUAAAGCAAAAGAUAACAAUUGUAAAAUGAAGUAAAAUGUCAAAGAAUACAUUUGAUAGAAUUGGAUUCAUUGAGACGUGCCUGUACCCGAUUUGUGUGCUCCUGUCGAUUCCAAAACGAAGUGGUUUCGGAAAAGUUAAUUAUUUUUAGUGGGAAAUGUUACUGGGAUUCCGAAAAGGAUUUUUCAAGCUCGUUUUUAAGUCGGUAUGCGAUAACGAGAGUGCGUAUGGAGGCUAAGUUUGUAUCAGCUUAUACCGAAACGAUGUAGUCACAUGUGCUAAGACACUGAUUUUCUGAAAUAUUUUUUAAACUGUGGGUGAAAAACAAAAACGGAUACAAAAAUGCCAGCAAAACUAUAUAGAACUGCUUACUAUUGUACUAUAAGAAUUCUUCUGCUUUAUGCUACAACAGAUGUAUGCAAAUGUGCUUCAAAUGACCCAUACGCUGCUCUAGGAGUUAAUAGUCUAGCGACUACCCAAGAAAUAAGGAAAGCAUACAAACAGAUGGCAAAAGAGUGGCAUCCAGACAAAAAUCAGAUUCCCGGAGCCGAAGCAAAGUUUGUUGAGAUAAAAAAGUCAUAUGAACUUUUAAGUGAUUAUAAUCGAAGACGAAUAUAUGACAGACACGGAAUAAUUGAUGAAGACUCUCAUUUCUUGCAAAAAAAGCAUGAUUAUAGUGAAUAUGAUCGUUUUGCAUCUGAUCAAGAUGAGAAUAUUUUUGGAAAACAUUUCAUUAUUGAUCAAGACAUUGUUUUAUACCAUAAACUUUCAGUAACAGCAAAUUAUUUCGAGAACACCAUUUUGCUGAAAAGUGCAAAACAAUUACAUAUAAUUAUGUUUUACAAUGACUGGUGCUUCCAGUGUACGCGACUAGUUGGAGCAUUUAAAAAGUUAAUUGAUGUCCUGGAACCUUUAGGUAUUCAUUUUUCCACUAUAAAUGCUGCUCACGAACCGUCAAUUCUACGAAAAACUGGAGCAAACGAAAUUCCAAAAAUGAUUCUUGUGUUGAACGGACAAGUUUUUGUGUUUCGAGAAUAUUCGUUUACGCCACAAAAAGUUGUAGAAUUUAUACGAAAAAAAUUGCCGUAUAAGAUUGCUCAGCGCGUAUAUGAUGACAAUAUAGAUGACUUUCUUGGUGGCUGGAUGGACAACAGAGUGCGCGUAUUAAUUUUAGAGCCCCGGAGUUUAAUUCGGUUACGAUACCUGCUAACCGCCUUUGCUUUUUAUGAUCGUGUUGCCUUUGGAUUUGUUGACCUGACUAAAAAGAAUUCGAAAGCAAUAAUCGAUCGGCUCCAAAUAAAUCCAAGCUUAGACACUCUUCUUAUAUUUAAUGAAGAUUCUACAAGAUCUAUUGCCAGAAUAACAUUGUCGGACAUUUCAACUCAAAUAUUGACUAAUAUGUUAACUCCAAAUCAAUUUUUAAUUUUACCAAGAUUAUCAUCACAAGAAAUGUUGGAAAGUAUAUGCCCGGCUGAGUGGAACCGACCCAGAAAACGAUUGUGUGUAAUUUUGAUUACUGAAAACACGGAUGAACACAAUGUGGCAAGGGGUGCAAUGAGAGAAAUUGCUUCACACAGUAGAUACAGUGCGGAGAGAGUUCGAUUUGCAUACAUGUUUAAGGAAAGGCAGCCAAAUUUUAUAAAUGCCUUAUCAAAAGGAUCAUUUGACAAAAACCGCCUACAAAUUGUUAUUAUUUGGCGUCGGGAUAAUACACGCGUGAAAUACGAAUGGUUAUUUGAUGCUAAGCAAGAUGCUACACUUGCUUCUACUGUUCCAGCUGAAAGCAUAAUGAAUACAACAAAAGCUGGACUCACCCACAAAAUUCAAAAGCUUUUAAAAGAAUCUGAAGCGUUAAGCUACGAAGCUUUUGUUCAGAAAUUAUUGGACGAGCAUUCUCAAGGAAUUUUUAGUAAAUGGAUAACGCACUUACUAUAUUUAGUUGACUAUUUAUCCGAAAAUGUAGAAGACGAGCAUAUUUUUGCUGCAUUUUCGCUAUUAGGAACCAUUGGAUUUAUGUUUGGUGUCGGUUAUAUAUUGAUGUACUUCGUUAGGGCUGAAGAGGAGCAGCUAAAGGCUCAGGGACAUCUUACUGAUGAGACAAUCCGAAAACCAAAUAACAUAACUCCGGAACUAAAGCUGUAUGAACUAAGAGCAGAAAAGUAUAACGGAAUGGUUCGUCUACUUAAGCCUGGAUGCCGAACGUUAUUGCUAAUAACAGAUGUUCAAAGUCGGACAAAGCUUCUACCACAUUUUCAUAAAGCUGUAUGGCCAUAUCGGAAAACGAAAACUUUACUAUUUGGGCAUAUGCUUAUUGAAAAAGGAUUGUCUUGGUAUACAGAACUUCUUCGUUUAUCAUUGUGUUCUACUGAAAAGUUGCAAGUAAAUCCAAGAAAUUGUGUUGGAACUGUAAUAGCUUUGAAUGGACACCGCAAAUAUUUUUGUAUGUAUCACGCCAAGCAUCCUGAGUCGGUUCGUGGAACAAAGAGAUUGCUAAAAAUUACCAAGCAGCUGCUUAACUUGAAUGACGAUCCGGAAGUCGGAACAUUUCUAGGAUCAAGCUUUUCUGAAGAAUCAGAUGCAGAAAUAAAUAUUCUUCUUGAAGAUAAUUUACUUGACAGCCUUGAAAAUUGGCUUGAACGGUUGUUUGAUGGUACAACACACAAGUAUUAUGUAAAUUACUGGCCAGAUUUUCCUACUAAAUAAUUAAAUGUUUAUUUGUAAAGCCCGAA